AUGGCGAAACGCAAACAUCCUGUGGAGACAAGUGAAGGUACUAGAGCAAAACAUAAACCUCAGGCUGAACCAAUCGAUUACCAAAGACUUGCGCAAGAAAUUGUUAAAUUGCAAAAACCCAACUCUGAUGCAUCAAGCAGCACAGUGGUACCCCUAGAAAAUGUUGCAUCUGCUACCUAUGCAAACACCGUCAAUGAGUUACCUGCACCAAUGACUGCUUCUUCGUCUAUGCAAGAUAACCCUAUAUUAUUAGUAGUAUCUCAACUUUUAAAAAACACAGGUGAGCCAGUAGGCACAAACAAAGGUUUCUUCAAUUCUGAUAAUCUUAUCUCUGUAACAGAAGGUAUUCCUCUUGGUGCGACGAUACCACAAAAGAUAAAGGCAAAAAUUUGGUCGAAUGAAUUUUUUGAUGUAAAAGUAUUAUUGUCGCACCAAGAUGAAGAACCUCUUAGGUUGUGCAUUACUCCAGGGGUCAUUAAUGUGCAGCAAAGUUUAAAAUCAAAAACCCCCAUGUUCAUCAGUCAGUGGACUGAUGCCUUUCUUAUCUUUAUUAACAUUAGAAUUCAGAAACACCCAUCAGAAACUCCCCAUUUAUUAAAAUACAUGAGCUUUAUUAGAGAAAUGCAAAGACUGCAUGGGGAUGUUGCUUGGAGAACAUAUGAUGAAUCUUUCAGAAAGCUAAGGGAGUCUUUGGCUGUAGAUUGGCAAAAACCUAUUGAAGAAUUAAGAGGUAAAUGUAUUGCUAUGUCCAACAUUUGCAGUGAAAAAUCUUACUAGUAUUAUUGACUUUGUUGGUUUGAACCCUGCUCUAUACAAGGGUCACAGCUUCAGGAUAGGGGCAGACACUCAUGCAGCACAUUUGGGUUAAUAUUCUGAAAACUGCAUUCAAUAAAUGGGAAGAUGAAAAUCUGAUGCUAUUCACAGAUACAUACGUUUGUCAAGCUUUACAUUUUAAAUAUGUAUAGCAAAUGCUAUGUAUAUAUACUUUUCUUGGAAGAUUUUCACAGUUCAGAAGUUAACUGCUGUGUAUUAUAAUUGUAGCUGAUAUGCAUUGUUUGUGUUUUUAAUUCAAUGUAUAGAUUAGUUGUAUGUCAAAAUUCAGUUCUCAUCACAAUUCCCUAUCAUCUGUCUUAUAUUGGACAUUAUUCAAAGUGUGAUUCAUGUAUAUCAUUUAUCUAUACUAUGUGCAUGAUGUGG